CCAACAUGUCAAAUAUAUUUGGAACUUUUCCCCCUAAACCCGUAAUGUGUUUUAUACAAUCUUUACAAUCAGCUGUAAGAUUUUGUUAAAAUACCUAUUUAUUUGCCUCCUUUAAAUUGAAAUAGCUUACGAUACGCCUUGCGAUCUGUUACUUUAUAAUGGAAUGUUUUGUCGUAAAGUGUCAAUAGCGCUGUCAACAUUGCGUGGUCGGUCAAUUGGUGCAAUACAAAGCUGUACUAUUCCAAAGAAAAAUACUUAGAAGGCGGCAUGUGAAUGCAUGAUGCAAACCACAGAAGUAAUUGCCGUCAUUACAUCAAGACAUGCGAUCAUCAUUGAAUUGCACGAUUGUGGAAACCCGACUCCCGAUAUAAAGUUCCCAUUAACCUGGCCCAAUAUUAUUGUGAAGUAUUCUUGAACUCCGGCCUCGUGUUCCGUGGAAGGCGCACAAUGGCAGGGAGUACCUUACCUGAGCGUGUAGCACAGAUAUACUACACGUAUGGUUUGUUCUGUUCCUCUAAUCCCAUUGCAGUUAUAGGCUUUGCUCUCUCAAUUGUACUGUUUUGUUGUUACCCUCUACUGAAUGUACCCUUACCAGGAAAUAUACCAAUAGUUGUCAAUUUGCCAUUACUUGAUACCAUGGAACUCAAUAAAGCAAAUUGCAACACUAACAACUGUCUACCAGAAGAUUCAUCCUCAACAUUAGAACUACUGUUUAAUGAGACUCAAAAACUACCAUAUGUUUGGGCCAAAGACAAACCCUUACUUUAUGUGCAGCAAAUCAUACUCAAAAUAGGUGUAUCACCCUGGAAUAGCAACCUGCGUAUGUGGGAUGCAUUUAGAGCUCCCCUGCAAGAAGUAUUCCGGCUGCUAGAAACUAUAAAAAAUCACGAGGAUCCUGAGACUAAAGGCAGCCUGUCCCAGUACUGCUACCAAAUAGGAGGUAUCAAGCAGCAAAACAGUAAAGCAAGUUUAGAGAGGGUGCUGCCAGAAUACAGCUGCCUCCUACUCUCUCCUGCUAACUUGUGGCAGCAAAACCUGCACACAUUCUCAAUGGAUGUCAAUGUUGUUAAUACCGUCCUCUCUUACCAAAACCUCCCAAAGAGCAAAGUAUCCAUAGCAGAAAUGGCAUUCGGCAUGCAGCUGCGGGACUGCGGCAUCAAGCGCUACCCGCUGCGCGCGCGGCCGCGCGUGCUGCAGUACGCCGUCUCCGUGUUCUACCAGCGCCUCGAACCCAGGUUUAUAAAUUCGCUGACGAAAAAGUUGAGAGCAAUGUACCCCCUGUACCAAGAGCAGCCGUACACGCACUCGGAGGAGCUGACCCUGGUGUACUACCCGGGCCAGUUCAACUACCGCGAGCUCGUGCCGCUCACCAUCACCUUCCUGGGGAUAUUCCUCUACGUCUACUUCUCCUUGAGGAAGAUCGAGUACAUACGAUCCAAGCUGGGGCUGUCUGCGUGCGCCAUGGUCACCAUCGCCGGCAGCCUCUCUAUGUCUAUGGGAAUAUGCUUUUAUUUUGGCAUCUCGUUGAGCCUCCAAGGCAAAGAGAUCUUUCCUUACCUUGUGAUUAUCGUCGGGCUGGAGAAUGUUCUCGUGCUGACCAAGAGUGUGACCUCCACUGACUCGAGGCUGGACGUCAAGAUCCGGCUCGCGCAAGGCCUGAGCAAGGAAGGCUGGUCCAUCACCAAAAAUCUACUCACAGAAAUAACCAUUUUGACUGUGAGCUUCUUUACGUUUGUUCCAUUCAUUCAAGAAUUUUCAAUAUUUAUGAUAGUCAGUUUAAUUUCCGAUUAUUUUGUUCAAAUGGUUUUCUUUGCAACCAUUCUUGGAAUCGACGUUCGGCGCAUGGAAUAUUUUCAAGAUCAAAAUAACAAACUUCAUCUUAAAGAGUACUUUAACGCCAACAACGCUCUGAAUUGGCGGUUUGAAAAAACCUACUCGGACGAGAGCAUGUCGCCUCUUAGAAUGACCAAGUCUAAAUCGCACCCGAGGUUGAAUGGUUUGGCUCAAAACAGUCCGACAGAUGUGCUGGCAAAGCGCAAGUCUAGUCCGCAGGCGCAGGACCAGAAGGUGCCGAAGCGGAUCCGGCUGGUGAACAUGUGGGCGAGGACGCGGUUCUUCCAGCGCGCCUUCAUGGUGUGGAUGCUGGUAUGGAUAUCAAUGAUAGUCUACAAUUCGGGUGUGGUCGAUUAUUUUAUAACUAAUCUUGAAAAACCGGAUGUCAGUAGCGAGACGGACAAAAAGAGUGACGAGAAUUUUCCGCCAAAGCAAUCGGUUGAUGUGUUUUACAAUGACAGCAAUAGGAGCCCGAUUGUGUUUUCGCCGCUUUUGGAAAUGUCGGAUCCGGAUAAAAGCGUGGGGAACGCGAACGACACUAUACUACUGAAACAUUCGCCUCACUCCCGUCCGUGGUCAAGAGUGUCGGCGUACCACUGGUCGGCGAUCCUUGGGCAGUACAACGAGUCGCUGGCGGGGCGCGUGGUGGCGGUGCUGCCGCCCGUGCUGCUGUCGCAGCGCGUGUCGCCCGAGCGCGCGGCCGCCGUGCGCCUGCCCGACGAGCGCGACCCGCCGCCGCUGCGCUGGCAGGCGCUAGCCGCCGCGCUCGACCCGCUCGACACGCUGCCCGAGUUCGACCUAACGGACGGCAAGAGUCAGCAAAAGCAGUGGCGCAAACCGACGGAACUGCCGAUAUACCCGACCACCCCCAUGGAGAUCCUGCUGCUGGCCAUCCUGUGCACCAUCAGCGUCGCCGUCAUCGCCUACAUGAUGGUCGUGCUCUACAGGUGCGUCUGUUCCCGCAACUAUGCAGAGUGGCGGGCUUCGUGGAACGAAGACGACGAAUAUCGGAAAAUCAUUGCAAAACAGCCGGCGGUGCAGCUGGUGACGGAGGCGGUGCCGCUGGUGGUGGCGGGGCACAGCCAGGAGGUGGAGUGCCUGGUGACGGACGGCGAGCAGGUGGUCAGCUCCUGUCUGCAGGGUCAUGUCAAGGUGUGGGACUCGCAGAACGGCGAGAUCCUCACCAACAUCGACCGCGGCGCAUAUUUUAAAUUACAAAAAGAACUUGCUGACAAAGUGGCGAAGAAAAAUGAACCUCUGAAUCCUACUCCAGCAUUCCAGCAAACCGUUGCAGCAAAACAAAACGAGCCCGUCCUAUCGCUGCGCAAAGGUCUCAGCAACCACCUGAGCGGGCUGCGGUUCCGCGCCCCGCGCGACGCCGCAGCCCACCUCUCCCCCGCCGAGACCACACGUUACGACUUCGCCAAAACAUACAGGGAACUGUAUUGCAGCGAUCAGCACGACGACAUUUACAAUUACGAAGCAAAAGAAAACGUGGACAUUAACAAUUUAAGUAUAGACAAAGACAGUUUAAGUGUAAAUAGUGCGAAAGACAGUGAUGAAAAUAGUUUUGUAUAUAAAAGUAAUGAGUCAGUGAGUGGUUUGCGUAACAGACACAAGGGCAAGUUAGUGAACGGUGGCGUGGAGAACACUUGGUGUGACGCGGAGCCGGCCGGCGCGGACUGGCGCGCGCGGGCGGUGCGCGACUCGCCUAUAUGGUGCAUGGACUUUUGUAACGACCUCGUCGUAUUAGGAUGUGCGGACGGAAGACUCGAGUUUUGGGAAGCUAGCUCGGGGAAGUUAAUGUGCUUGUGGUGGGGCCUGGAGCGCGGCGGCGGCGUGACGCACGUGCGCGCGCUGGCGGGCGCGCGGCGCGUGGCGGCGGCGGCGCUCGGCGGCCACCUCGCGCUGCUGCGACUGCACGCGUACAACGCCUGCUCGGGCGCGCAGGUCGACUGGCGGUUCAGCACGGCACACAGACGCACUCACAAGCGGACGGGGUCGGCGGGGUCGCUGCGCGGCGCGGGCGGUGCGGACGACCACUCGCGGGCGAGGCUCAGCUUCUCCUACGACUCCGACCAUGGCGAUGGAGACGAAAUAGUUGUCCAGCGGAUCGCGCAGUGCCGACCGCACCAGCAGCCGAUCACCGAGAUGCACUCGGAGGGCGGGCGCAUCCUCACCGGCGGCCAGGAUCAUGUGCUCAAGGUAUUUAGCAGCGCAGAGCUGAGUCCGCUGUUCACGCUGCACGGGCACUGCGGGCCCAUCACGAGCUGCUUCAUCGACCACGCCACGCCCACCAUCGCCGGCAGCGGCUCGCAGGACGGCCUGCUCUGCGUGUGGGACCUGCACACUGGAGCGUGCCUGUACAGCAUGCAGGCUCACGACGGUGCGGUGACGUCGCUGGCCUACACGGCGUCCUACGUGGUGUCCAGCGGCGCCGACGAGCGCCUCUGCAUCUGGGACCGCUUCCAGGGACACAUGCUCAACUCCAUACACAUUGGGCUGAACUACAUGAGCCGCAUGCUGCCGCUCACACACACGCUGCUCCUGAUGGGCGACCGCAGCGGACUUGCGGCCUACGACCUCAGCACCGGUGACGUCAUACGGCGGGUGCUCUUAGGUCAAAAUGACGGGUGUAUAUUCGUGAGGCAGAUUCUACCUCUAAAGGACGCCAUCGUGUGCGACUACGCGACGCAGUUGCGCAUCGUGCGCUUCCCGCUCGUGUCGCGGCUCGAGGACCUGAAGAGCGACUGAACUACCACGCCUCGCCGACCACUAAAACACGACCGAGCUAUUCGUUUGACGCUGCGUCAAGCGAUUGCGAUUAUUUUUGUGGCCUAGGCAAACUACACAAACAUUAUCACAAUCGAUGAACAUUAUUUGCAAUCAUUUCUUAGAUAUGGCAAUAAUGCAUUUCUAAGAAAGUUCACAAAAAAUAUCGCGUGUCUCUACGUAACGACCAAGUCACAUGUGUCUUACAUGUUGUUGCAUUAUACAUGUGUUCUACAUGUUUAACUUACCUAUUUUAUUUUAUAUUGACGAUGUAUUCGUAACUGUAACCGUACCCACCUCGAGCUUACAGGCCUAGAGGACAAAUGGGAAUAGUUACGCCUAUUUACUAGGUACCGCCUAUCUAUUAUAUACGAGUUUUGAAACUAAUUGCAAACAGAAAUUCAUUGAGACUUAUAGUAGAGGAGUCCACGGUGCGAAACGUUACUCGGCUAGUUAAACGCACUCGUGUUAAUUACCUUCUCGGGCUCCUCUACUUGUACUGCCAUCACAACCACAAUUUUAACGACAGGCUUCUUACCAAACUAAUGUAAGUUUUAAAACGAAUAGUUACCUGUAUGUAUUUAUGAAAUUUGAAUUCGUAAUAAAAUGUUAAUUUGUCUAACCUAACAUUACAUUUAACUUAUUGGCAAUAAUUAUUUAAACAUUAAAUAUAUUUUUCAGCUUAUGAAAAAUACCUGUAACAAUUGUCGUUCCAGUUUUAGUUAUUAUCAUAAAUAAUAACCGAUUAAUAAGAUCCUUUUCUGGAUUUAAAUUUACAUAGUUGGAAAAGUUCUUGGAAAUUUGAAUAAAAUUUCACAGGAGACAAAACGAACGUUCAUUUUGGAAAUAGAAAAUGUUGUUUUCCUUGCAAAAAUACGAGAAGUUACGGAAAAUGUUCCUUAAAUAGUGGAAAUUUGGCUAUUUUGUAGAGAUUUCUAGUUUUGUUACGGCAUAUCAUAUCAUUCAAAUAAUUCUUGUGUACUAGAUAUGUAAAGUUUGAGAUAAAUCUAGCUCCCGAGCAGAGUGUGAUAGCUAAUAUAGAUGACGCUGGUAUAGGUAUACUGGAUCAAGAAAAUCUUGUCAGUAGCAAACGUCGGCAAAUUUGAAAAAUCGCGGGUUAGCAACACUGUUCGAAUAAUUCGAAAAUCGCGUGUCAUCUGUGUUUUAUCUGUGGAAUGUGGCUCGUGAAUAACAGCCAUCAUCUUGCUUGUUUACAUUCUGAAUCGUAUCUAUUUCAUAAGAUAUUUCUGCUGUGUCACCAUUAAAUACCAAUAUAUUAUAUUAAAUAAGAUUUUGUGCAUGACCUUAAGCAAAGCUAAGGUGCCUACAAUCCCUACAGUGCCAACGGAGGAAUCUAAUAAAAUAUUAAAAUCCAUUAGGAUAUAUACCUGCGGAAGCAAUGAUUUUAUUCAUACGUUCUUGUUUAACGGCGUAGUCCGCUUCUAAUCUUAUUUUGAGAUCUUCAAAUUUGUUAAUCAUUUUUUAUUAACAUCGUUUUUACACCGCUUUUAAAUUGUCCGUCCAUACUUAUUUUAUUAAUAAAAAUUUCAAACAUUUUCAAUAAACCGCGAGUUGCAAUUUGAAUUGACGUAGACCGGGCUCAGCGGAAUAAAAGUUUUGGUUCGAUGUACAUUGUACAUUUCUGCUUUUCUUUGCGCAAUACUACUCAUUGAGUGUUGCCCUACUUUAGUUUGCUUUACAUUGCAACUCACAAGAUUUGCUUUACAUUGCAACUCACAAGAUUUGCUUUACAUUGCUACUCACAAGAUUUGCUUGACGCACUUAUAUUGUGGUAAUUUAAUUGUUAAACGUCAACUUUGGACAACCACAGCCGUCGCCAUCUAUAUUCGCUAUCAAAUUCGAAACACGAAUUAGUCUUAGAUUUUACACAUCUUACUCGGCCAGGUAAUUUAUUUUUGCUUUCUAAUGUAUAGGUACUCGAUAUUGAUUGAGGAAUUUACUAAGUCAGGUCAUAACUGUCAUAAGUUCAAAUGUUUUGACACUUUUGAAUGAUAAAAUGUAAUACAACGGUUUUGAUAAAGUAUAGUAUUAGAAUGAUUUUUACUUAUCAAAGCGAAGUAUAAUUUGUUUUUGAUUUAGGCCGCGAUUUUAUUAAGGGACAGGUGGAAUACCUUUUCACCUGUCCAAUUUUUGACAAAAAAUUACACAUGCGUCUAACAUUUUGCUUAGUGAGAGAGUGAGACGCAAUGCACAUUGGACCAAAAAUUGGACAUCCGGAAUACCAACCAUAGGCACUGGUCCCACCGCGAGCUAGUAAGCUAUGAGCUAUCGGCUAUAAACAC